CGGUGCCGGGGCGGUCCCGGGGCGGUGCCGGGGCUCCCGGGGCGCUCGCAGCCAUGUCGGCGCCGCCGGCGGGGCCCGGUGCGGGAGCGGGGCCGGGCUCGGGCCGAGCCCCGGCGCUGCGGGAGGGCGCGCGGGUGUCGGCGCUUUGCCUGGCGUGGUACGGGCUGAGCGCGGGCGGGAACGUGGUGAACAAGCUGCUGCUGGGCGCCUUCCCGCGGCCCGUCACCGUGUCGCUGUUCCACAUCCUGGGGCUGUGCGCGCUGCUGCCGCCGCUGCUGCGGGCCUGGCGGGUGCCGCCGGCGGGCCCGGCCCAGCUGCCGCCGCGCGCCUUCCCCCGCUACAUCCUGCCCCUCGCCUUCGGCAAGUACUUCGCCUCCGUGUCCGCACACGUCUCGCUCUGGAGGGUUCCGGUGUCCUACGCGCACACCGUAAAAGCGACGAUGCCGAUAUGGGUGGUGCUGCUUUCACGGAUCAUAAUGAAGGAAAAGCAGACGACGAAGGUUUACCUGUCUCUGAUCCCCAUAAUAACGGGCGUCCUGUUGGCCACCGUCACGGAACUUUCCUUUGACAUGUGGGGGCUCAUCAGUGCGCUCGCUGCUACUCUCUGCUUUUCACUCCAGAACAUCUUCUCAAAGAAGGUGUUAAGAGAUUCCCGAAUACACCAUCUUCGCUUGCUGAACAUACUUGGGUGCCAUGCUGUGUUCUUCAUGAUCCCAACGUGGGUUCUGGUUGAUCUUUCUUCCUUCUUAGUAGAGAAUGACUUGAGCUCAAUGUCCCAUUGGUCCUGGACUCUGAUGCUCCUGAUAAUCAGUGGCUUCUGUAACUUUGCCCAGAACGUCAUUGCCUUCAGCAUUCUGAACCUGAUCAGCCCGCUGAGUUACUCUGUCGCAAACGCCACAAAAAGAAUCAUGGUCAUCACGGUCUCCCUUAUAAUGCUUCGCAACCCAGUGACGAGCACCAAUGUCCUUGGAAUGAUGACGGCCAUCUUAGGGGUCUUCUUGUAUAACAAGACAAAAUACGAUGCAAACCAAGAAGCAAAGAAGCAGCAGCUGCUUCCAGUUACAACUGCAGACCUUGUGAGUUUGGAUCGGCAUCGAAACACUCCUGAGAAGUCUCCGAAUGGACUCACGGCAUUUGCCCAGCAUGGAGAUUAUCAGUAUGGUCGAACCAAUAUCCUAACGGACCACUUCCAGUAUAACCGGCAAAACUAUCCAGCCACUUACAACAUGAAUCGAUUUGAUAUAUAGAGUCCGAGAAUCAGGUACAGACAGUGAUAUCGAGGCACCCCCAGCAUUAUCAGCAACUUUUAGUACAUGCGUGAAUGUAAAGCCAUUUUAUCGUACAGGUGUGCAGAGGGAAGAUGCAUGUGUAGUGUGAGCUCCGUUAGACGGGAAUCGGUGGGAUCUGACCCUGGAACUAAAUCGUCCAGAGAGCCUGGCGAAAUGCAUGUACAGAACUGGAGAGUGAAACAUCAUCUGUCACUGCUCCUUGGCAGACUGUCAACUCUUUGUCCUUUUGGCAGCUAAAUUCUGGCCAGUAUUUUGUUUCCACGCUGGUAACAUCACCUUUAAUUUGUUCUCUAAUAUGUUUUAAUGAUAAUUCCCUUUAAUGAAACUUUCAGAAAGAAGUGAAGCGAAGAUGUCCUCCUGGCUGUCGGGAUUUGGAGGAGGAUUGGCUUAGGUAGAGCAGUUGCAGCUAGGCAGACCCGGAUUCAUUUUGGCCAACUGAAAAACUGUGUGGGUCUUGACUGCCUUGUGCCCACGCCUUCAGUUGUCGAUGAUAAACCAGCAGCGUUUCUGAAAGCGCAGGCAGCAGGGAGCUGGGUCCCGAGAACUGCGCUUCAGACGUAGAGAAACGGAAUUCUCUAAGAUGUCUCCUGUGCCAGUCACUGUAGAUAAACAGUCAGAGCUUCAGAUCCUAAUUGUUUUUGGAAUAUUGCAGUCCUGUACCUUCAGGCGUUGCUUCUCCUUGGCCACCCAGAAAACGCCCCCACAAAUAAAAGGUUUGGAAUAACAUAAUAUUUCUUUAUAUUUUACUUGCUUCACACCUGUUCUUACAAAACUUUUCUGUUGCUUUAGAAAUCAAAAGGUUUAAGGUGUUUUCUUCUCAGUUUUAUGCGUAAAUGAUGCUCUUAUAUGAUUCAUUAUGAAUGCAUUGAUUUGAAUAAUCAUCAUUCUUAAUUGUUUCUUAAGCCCCUGUUUUUGGAUCCUACUUGUUUUCAAGUUUCUCGGUCGCUGGUGCUGGAGUUGCUGUGCACAUUUGGCCCAACUUCUAUUUGAGUCUGUUGAAAGAAGUUACAUUUUGUGUCCUGCUCUGUUCCUGCUGCUCCCCCAGCUUAAGUAGUAAGUUGCUAAGAAAAAAAUUAUUGGAAUUGGCAGCAAAUAGCUAAUUUAGGGUAAAGAGCAGCUGAUUCAGUAUAAAUGAACGUACUUAAUUUGAGAUGACUGUUGGGCAUCGGAUGGAAGGAUGAAACCAGUUGAACUUGGAGUUCACUGAAUCAGAUUGUUAUUGCUUUAGCAAAAGAAGAUUUUAGAGGCCUUCUUUCCUUAAUGGAAAAGCUAUUGUACAGUGAGAUUUUUGAUAGCAUAGGUAUUAUGAUUUUACUAGAAAGGUAUUAGAUACCAGUGACUAAAUUCUGGGUGUGGUAGAGAAUGCUCCCUCCCUUAUUUAUUGCUUUAAAAUGACCAUUUCCGUGGCGCGAGGUGAUGAUUUGGGUCCUUUCUGGAUAAUAAAGAAUUGAUUUUGAAGUGCAAAGUCAACCUGCUCCGAUUCCUUUGGCUGACUGUAGAGGGAGUUACACGGACCGACUUUCACCAUGCAGCCCAAAAGAGGAAAUGGUUCUGAAAUGUUGAAGAUGGGUUAAAUGCUGCUAAAAGUUGUGAGCAGAACUUCCUGACUUGACUGGAGUUGAGUCUGUUCACACUUGCUUAGAACUUGGGCUUUUAGUUUAGAAAAUCUAAACAGAUUCUUCCCUAACCCUGGUUAACAAGAGCAAGAUAAUGAGGAAAGCAUUCUUUCAGAUGAAAUUGCCUGUUCCAGUGUUAAUUCACAUGUAAUUAUUUCUCUUUAAUAUGGGAAGGUGCAAAAUGUGUAUUUUAAGGCUUCCUUCCUGAUAUGUAAGUGCUUUUACACACGUGUAAAAAGGAUUGUGUGGGCUCUGGGUUUGGAUUAGGUUCCGGCUAGGCAAAAGACGAGUGUGAGGAUGAGAUGUAGCCUGGGAUUCGUAAGGGGGGCAAAGCCCUCCGACGGCUUUCUGAGCGGGAUCCCUGGGUAUGUGCACGCCUACCGAGUUCAUCCAUACAGUUUCUGAUGCGCCUGCCACUGUAACAUCCUCGCUCAACUGGAACUGCUACUUGGAUUACAGCUCGGUGCACUGUAUUCGCAGCUCGGAGGCACGAUCGAUCGGAUGUAUUUAGACGGUCUCCUUUUAAAGAACAGAACCGGCUCUUUGUUGCAGCUCUUUUCAGAGAAGGCUGGUGCUGCAUGCUUAUUCUGGCAGGUCUGCAGCUCAGCUUUGUCCAGAGCAUGGCAGCAGGCGAGGGCUUUCUCUUGAAAACACCUUGUCCCGGGUUGUGCUCUGGGCUCACAGCCUCGCUAUCUCUAGAACAAAGCCUACUGUACUUGCAAAGCAAACAGGGACUGAUCCAGAACAGAGAUAUCAUCCAUGUAGGGCCCGGAGAAUCAAUCUCUGAAUGCCUGACAGGGUUCAGGCUCUUCUUGUUCGGGUCAACAGGGUUAAUUUUGUAUGGUAGAAGUUGUAAUUAAAACGGCUCAGUGACUCAGUUACAGGAGGCGGCUUUGCUGAGUACCCAGAACUGAGUCCAUAAGUAAUAUUGCCCGCGUUCCGGUAAAGGAAGUUUCCAAUACUGUUGUAAGAUGUAUUUUAAUCUUGGACCACAGCGGGAUUUUGGUUGGCAAGGUGAAACAUUUGUUUUAACAUGAUUUGUAAAUUGAUGACGUGUUUAACUGUGUACAUAGGUCUGUAGAAGGUGUGGAAACACUGGAAUAAAAAGGGCGUAUCUAGACAAUCGUGUAUAACGACCCUGCUGUUGGAUCGUGGUGACGGGGCUGGUGCGGGCUUUCCCUUUGCAGGAAGCUUUGGGAGUGCCCCGCGUUCGUAGCAGUGGCCACAUGCCAGAAAUCCGGUUAAUGUUUUGCCAUGUGGGUGUGGUACCUCAUGGAGUGAGACUGAAACCGGGAUGGCUCAGAUGCUGUAACUGGUGUGAGGACACUGGUGACCCAUAGAAAUGCCUUGAUUUCCAUUGUGCAUUUCUAAUGUACGUGUAAAUACAUCACAAAAUGGGUGAGUUCUUCCCAAAACAGUCCUGGAUAGUUCUAGAAAUACCAGAGUCAAAGAAACCAACCUCUCCCCACAGCGUGUGGGUUUCUCUAGAUAGGUCUGUAGGGGGGCUCUUUCAAGAGAUCUUCAAAAUGCUCCCCUUGCAGGUUCAGUUUUAGUACCUGUAGCGAUUAGAGCAUCUUUAUAAUCUGGUAAAACACUUAUGUUUUUUAAAUAACUAAAUGCUAAAUAAAACUGAGGCAAUACUUGGGCUUUGUAGGUGUACAGUGCUCUGUAAAAAUCAUGUGGCAGUUCAUGAUCAUAGAAUCAUACAAUGGUUUGGGUUGAUGAUGAUUCCUGAAGCUCAAAACCUUUUCUUUCCAACGUGUGUUCGACCUGCGUUUUUCUGAUGUAGCAUUUUGCAGCAGCAGAAACUUCUGCCAUGUAGCUUUGUGAAAAAAAGGUGCAAUAUAAAUAAAAGGACAGUUUGUUUU